UUUAUCGGUUUGUUUUGAGAGGUGCGCGCUCGCAGCCUCCGCCGCUGUUUGAGCAUGCUAACGUUGCUAAUGUAAAAAUUAAACAAAUGCCAAACAUUUCCGAGAUUUUCUCCACCCUGCAGUGCUGAAAUCAUGGCAAUUCCAAUGGAAAGUCAGCUUCAGAGCAUAUUCGAGGAUGUAGUGAAAACAGAAGUCAUUGAGGAGGCUUUUGCUGGGAUGUUCAUGGACACCCCUGAAGAUGAGAGGACCAAACUGAUCAGCUGUUUAGGGGCCUUCAGGCAGUACUGGAGCACACUUCCUCAGGAGUCCCACGAGCAGUGUGUGCAGUGGAUCGUGAGGUUCAUUCACAGCCAGCACAGCCCCAAACGCGUCUCCUUCCUCUAUGACUGCCUGGCCAUGGCUGUGGAGACCAGCCUGCUGCCACCAAGGAUGGUGUGCCAGGCACUGAUCAACUCUGAAACUCUGGAGUGGGAACGGACCCAGCUCUGGGCUCUGACCUUCAAACUGGUCCGUAAAAUCAUCGGUGGAGUUGAUUAUAAGGCUGCGAGAGACUUGCUGAAGGCCGUUCUGGAUAAGAUUCAAACCAUCCCCAGCCUGGUCAGCUCGGCUGUGGUGCACCAGCUCCUGCCGGCGAGAGAGGUGGUGGAGUACAUCCUGGACAGGAACGCGUGUCUCCUGCCUGCUUAUUUUGCUGUGAAUGAAAUCCGGAAGCUCUACCCUGAGGGGCAGCUCUCACACUGGCUUUUGGGCAGCCUAAUAUCAGACUUUGUGGACAGUUUCCGUCCCACCGCGAGGAUGAACUCCAUCUGUGGCCGCUGCAGUCUCCUCCCUGUGGUGAACAACUCUGGAGCGAUCUGUAACUCUUGGAAGCUGGAUCCUUCCACUCUGCGCUUCCCUCUGAGAGGCAUGCUGCCUUACGAUAAGGACCUGUUUGAGCCCCAGACGGGGUUGCUAAGAUACGUGUUGGAGCAGCCUUACUCCAGAGACAUGGUCUGCAACAUGCUCGGCCUCAACAAACAGACCCUGAACAUUGCUCAGCAUAAGCAGCGCUGCCCCGUGCUGGAGGAGCAGCUGGUGGACCUGGUGGUUUACGCCAUGGAGCGCUCGGAGACGGAGGAGCAGUUUGACGAUGGUGGAACCAGCCAGCUGCUCUGGCAGCAUCUGUCCAGCCAGCUCAUCUUCUUCGUCCUCUUCCAGUUCGCCAGCUUCCCGCACAUGGUGCUCUCACUGCAUCAGAAGCUGGCCGGUCGUGGUCUGAUUAAAGGUCGAGAUCACCUGAUGUGGGUCCUGCUGCAGUUCAUCUCCGGAAGCAUCCAGAAGAACGCGCUGGCUGACUUCCUGCCUGUCAUGAAGCUGUUUGACCUGCUCUACCCUGAGAAAGAGUGCAUUCCAGUUCCAGACAUCAACAAGCCCCAGUCCACCCACGCCUUCGCCAUGACCUGCAUUUGGAUCCACCUUAACCGCAAAGCCCAGAAUGACAACUCUAAACUCCAGAUUCCUAUUCCGCACUCGCUCAAACUGCACCACGAGUUUCUACAGCAGAGCUUACGCAACAAGAGUCUGCCGAUGACAGACUACAAGAUAGCGCUGCUGUGUAAUGCUUACUCCACCAACUCGGAGUGCUUCACGCUGCCCAUGGGGGUCCUGGUGGAGACCAUCUAUGGAAACGGGAACGUGCGCAUGUCACUGCCGGGAACCAACUGCGUGGCGUCCGGCUCCGUCACUCCUCUGCCCAUGAACCUACUCGAUUCGCUCACUGUCCAUGCCAAAAUGAGUCUGAUCCACAGUAUAGCCACACGGGUCAUUAAGCUGGCCCAAGCCAAGUCCAGUAUCGCCCUGGCCCCUGCCCUGGUGGAGACGUACAGCCGCCUGCUGGUCUACAUGGAGAUCGAGUCCCUUGGAAUCAAAGGCUUCAUCAGUCAGCUGUUGCCCAACGUCUUUAAGUGCCAUGCAUGGGGGAUCCUGCACACCCUGCUGGAGAUGUUCAGUUACCGGAUGCACCACAUCCAGCCGCACUAUCGAGUCCAGCUCCUCUCUCACCUCCACUCGCUCGCUGCCGUACCGCAGACCAAUCAGAACCAGCUGCACCUCUGUGUGGAGAGCACAGCCCUGAGGUUGAUCACAGCGCUGGGCAGCUCAGAGGUCCAGCCACAGUUCACACGUUUCCUCAGUGACCCCAAAACGGUGCUGUCCGCUGAGUCUGAGGAGCUGAACCGAGCGCUCAUCCUCACCCUCGCCCGCGCCACACACAUCACCGAUUUCUUCACAGGUUCGGACUCCAUCCAGGGCACGUGGUGUAAGGACAUUCUGCAGACCAUCAUGAACUUCACCCCUCACAACUGGGCUUCUCAUACCCUGAGCUGCUUCCCUGCUCCCCUGCAGGCGUUCUUCAAGCAGAACAACGUUCCUCAGGAGAGCCGCUUCAACCUGAAGAAGAACGUGGAGGAAGAAUAUAGGAAAUGGAAGUCCAUGACCAACGAGAAUGACAUCAUCACGCACUUCUCCAUGCAGGGCUCUCCUCCGCUCUUCCUCUGCCUGCUGUGGAAGAUGCUUCUAGAAACUGACCACAUCAACCAAAUUGGCUUCAGGGUUCUGGAGCGGAUAGGCGCACGAGCGCUGGUGGCGCAUGUCCGCACGUUUGCGGAUUUCCUGGUGUACGAGUUCUCCACGUCAGCGGGGGGGCAGCAGCUGAACAAAUGCAUCGAGAUCCUGAACGACAUGGUGUGGAAAUACAACAUCGUCACUCUGGACCGCCUCAUCCUCUGUCUGGCAAUGAGGAGUCAUGAGGGGAACGAGGCGCAGGUUUGCUACUUCAUCAUCCAGCUUCUUCUCCUCAAGCCCAACGACUUCCGCAACCGCGUCAGCGACUUCGUCAAGGAGAACGCUCCGGAGCACUGGCUGCAGAGUGACUGGCACAACAAACACAUGACCUACCACAAGAAGUACCCAGAGAAGCUGUACUUUGAGGGUCUGGCGGAGCAGGUGAACCCCCCUGUGCAGCUCCAGCCACAGUACCUGCCCAUCUACUUCGGGAACGUGUGUCUACGCUUCCUGCCCGUCUUCGACAUCGUCAUCCAUCGCUUCCUGGAGCUGCUGCCCGUCUCAAAGUCCCUGGAGACCCUGCUGGACCACCUUGGGGGCCUCUACAAGUUCCAUGAUCGGCCGGUGACGUACCUUUACAACACCCUGCACUACUACGAGAGGCACCUGCGCGACCGCACCAAUCUGAAGCGCAAACUGGUGCACGCCAUCAUGAGUUCACUGAAGGAUAACCGCACGCCUGGCUGGUGCCUCAGCGAGACCUACCUCAAAUUCGGCAUGAAUCCCCGCGACGACAACGUCUGGAUCCCAGAUGACACCUACUACUGCAAACUCAUCGGCCGCCUAGUCGACACGAUGGCUGGGAAGUCUCCAGGUCCAUUUCCCAACUGUGACUGGCGCUUUAAUGAGUUUCCGAAUCCAGCAGCACACGCGCUUCACGUGACCUGCGUAGAGCUGAUGGCCCUCGCCGUGCCAGGGAAAGACGUGGGAAACGCGCUGCUCAACGUUGUGCUCAAGAGUCAGCCUUUGGUUCCUCGUGAGAACGUGACAGCGUGGAUGAACGCUAUUGGGCUGGUCAUCACUGCUCUGCCUGAGCCGUACUGGAUUGUGCUGCACGAUCGCAUUGUUAGCGUGAUCAGCAGCCCUGCACUGACAUCAGAGAUGGAGUGUGUCGGCUACCCAUUUCAGCUGCUGGACUUCACAGCCUGCCACCAGUCCUACUCGGAGAUGUACUGCAGCUACGUGUUGGCACUAGCCCACGCAGUCUGGCACCACUCCAGCAUCGGACAGCUCUCCCUCAUUCCCAAGUUUCUGUCGGAGGUGCUGAAGCCGCUGGUGAAGACAGAGUUCCAGCUCCUCUACAUCUACCACCUGGUGGGACCGUUCUUACAGCGCUUCCAGCAGGAGAGAACGCGCUGCAUGCUGGAGAUUGGAGUGGCAUUCUAUGAGAUGCUGCAGGCGGUGGACCUCCACAGUAAACACCUGGCGUAUAUGGACCCCAUCUGCGACUUUCUCUACCACAUGAAAUACAUGUUCACAGGGGACAGCGUCAAAGACCAGGUGGAGAAGAUCAUCUGCACGUUGAGACCAGCCAUGAAGCUCCGCCUCCGUUUCAUCACGCAUAUCAGCGUGAUGGAGCCAGGUGCGGCCGCCGCUACAGCAACGUCUGCCUCCCAGCCGACCACGGUCUCCUCGCCUGCCCCUCAGAGCGGACCAGGACCCUCUAACAUCCCCUUAUCUGUUGCCCAGUGACCCCUCAGAUGAACCCAUCACAAUCUCUUCCUUGCCAUGCUCAGCUUAUAAAUAGCUACUGAUGCAAGGUUGGACUAGUUUACAGAAGUACAUUAAUUAUUCAUAUUGGACAGUGUUUAAGUUUCGUUUAGAGUGGAUGAAUAUCGAGUUUCCGGUUUAUAAUGCUACGCUACCGAGUAGGGAUGUGCACAGAUACUCGAGUACCCGGUUACCCGUCGAAGGUGCCAGUAUUCGUGAACUGAAAUCACUGUUCGAGUAUUUGUUACAGAGAAAAGUAACGAAAUUUUAGUGAAACGAGACGGUUUGGUUUGUAUGUGUUGGCACAUCGUCCACUGAGGAGAAAAUAUGUUGUAGAAGUUGUAAAAAGCUGAUCCUACACUAUCCUAAAAGAUAGUUCUUCCAGGGUUCUUUAGUGAAGAAAAUGGUUCUAUAUAGAACCAGGGUUAUUUGCAUCCUGAAAGGGUGCUUCAGAUUAAUGGAGAAUGUGCUGUAGAUGUUUCUAUAUAAAAGCUUUUUGGUUCUGUGUAGCACCCAAAAGGGUGACGAUGUCAAGCU